UGGUCCUUCAACAUACACCUCAGUUGCACGACUUGCAUUCUAGUUUAUUUUGCCUCUGUUUGCUGAUCUGGAUUCUCUGCUAAGCUAAGCACUUGUGCCGAUGCUUUGCCUCCAAUCGUCAAGACAUGGCAUGCACUUAGUGAUGCUUGUCUCCUCAACAAGAUUGUAAUAGAUAGAGAUGGUUAUGCUGCUCCAAAAAACUGAUUCAUCAUUGGCAAAAAAUGGAGUGUGGUGCACAAUAUUCUUUGCCAGCAAGACUGCCUUUUUGUUUGACUAUAAAUAGAGUGCACCACAAUGGUUGAGCACCAACAAAGUGCAUCUUAUCUUCACAUUCUUCUUCCAUUACAAACAUAAACACAUCAUCAGUUCAUCCAUUAGAAACAUGGCUUGCCAUCAAAGAUCCGCAAGCUUGCCUUACUCCAGUGAAUCCAAAGUGGAGGAGGAGCUGCAGGGCCUGAAUUCAUGCAUCUGUUCGCCCUCCGCAACCAUCGACACAAUGUGUGGUGGUUACGCAAUGCUUGGAGACAUCUACAAGUGCAUAGAGGAGAUCAUGGGCUUGCCCAGCAACCAAAUUAGCCUCUCCUUCCCCCAAAACAAGAAAAUGGUGGAAGAGGAACUGGAGCGAUCCCUCGUGCUGAUUGAUCUCUGCAAUUCCAUGCAAGAGAAUUUAGCAGAGCUGAAGAUGAGUACCCAGGAGCUGCAACUGGUUCUCAAAAGAGGAGAUGAUGAGUCUGUUCAACUCAAGGUUGAGUCUUUUAUUCGCCUCGCCAAGCAGGCGCAAAAGCCUUUCAAGAAGAUCGCAAGCAGCAAAGCUAGUGGUGAGGAUUGCAGGCUGGUCAGGCUACUGGCGGAAGCCAGAGAGAUGUCUGUCUCUCUGCUCGAGUCCACGUCACAGCUGUUGCCGAAGCAGUUCACCACCACCAAAGGAAGCAAAUGGUCUCUUGUCCAGAAGAGAAAGACCGUUUGCGAGGAGAAACAGUUGCAAACGCUAGAGCGAAGCAUGGGAGAUCUUGAGAACGGUGCGGACUCGUAGACACUCUCAGGCCUUGUUUCUCUAGCAUAUUGCGACUGGCAUCCGCCUUUUAAAGGAUUCACCAGUCAUAUAGAACCUUUCUAGCUUGUGUACUGAGUACACUACUAAAUGUACACACAAAUGAUCAGUUGGCGAAAGCAGUUUUGACUAUGCCCAUAAAAUUACUUGUGAUUUCACCGAUCUUUACUGUGCGAUGAUUUUGAUUUAUUUUUUAUAGCUGGAUGUUGUGUC